AAAAAAAAAAAAAAAAACAAGUUUUCCUCAACAGAAAAGUAGCGAUCUCGAAAAGAGAGAGAGAGAGAGAGAGAGAGAGAGAGAGAGUUUUUUCAAACAGAAUAGUUAGAGAGAGAAAGCAGGGGAGAGAGAGAGUCGCCGGAAUAUUUUUGUGAUAAUCGGCGGAAUUUGUGAGCGAUCUUUGGCGGCGUUGAAAUUAGUGGAUCGGAGAAUUUGAGCGGAGCGGAGAUGGUGAAUUCGAUGGUGGAUAGAGCGACGAGCGAUAUGCUGAUCGGUCCAGAUUGGGCGAUGAACAUCGAGAUCUGCGAUAUGCUCAAUCACGACCCUGGGCAAGCAAAGGAUGUUGUUAAAGGUAUUAAGAAGCGCAUUGGCAGUAAGAAUCCAAAAGUUCAACUGCUUGCCUUAACACUAUUGGAGACAGUCAUAAAGAAUUGUGGGGAUAUUGUUCAUAUGCAUGUGGCAGAGAAAGAUGUUCUUCACGAAAUGGUGAAGAUAGUAAAAAAGAAGCCCGACUUCCAUGUCAAAGAGAAAAUAUUGAUCCUGAUAGAUACUUGGCAAGAAGCAUUUGGAGGACCAAGGGCAAGAUAUCCACAAUACUAUGCUGCAUACCAAGAUUUGUUGCGUGCUGGGGCGGUAUUCCCUCAGAGAUCUGAGAGGGCUGCACCUGUAUUCACACCUCCCCAAACACAACCUUUGACAUCAUAUCCUCAGAAUUUGCGCAAUCCUGAUAAUCAGCUAGAGACAGCUGAGUCAUCUGCAGAUUCUGAGUUUCCAACCUUGAGCCUGUCAGAAAUUCAGAAUGCACGUGGUAUCAUGGAUGUCCUUGCAGAAAUGCUAAGUGCAAUAGAGCCAGCAAACAAAGAGGGGCUUAGGCAAGAGGUUGUUGUCGACUUGGUGGAACAGUGUCGUACAUACAAGCAGAGAGUGGUGCAUCUUGUUAACUCGACUUCGGAUGAGUCACUGUUGUGUCAAGGACUAUCGCUGAAUGAUGACUUGCAGCGAGUACUGGCCAGGCAUGAAGCUAUUGCAUCAGGAACUUCUGUUCAAAUGGAGAAAACCAAGCCUGAACCAGUUAGAUCACUCGUUGAUGUUGGUGGUCCUCUGGUUGAUGCUGGAGAUAAUACUAAACAGCCUGACGGGAGAUCCACUUCAAGUGCCAGUGCAGGGGCACAGCCACUGAACCAGUUGUUGCUUCCUGCACCUCCCGUAACUAAUGCUGCAGCUCCUUUAGCAAGGGUUGAUCCCAAAAUGGACCUGCUCAGUGGUGAUGACUAUAGUUCACCAAAGGCAGAUAAUUCACUUGCUCUUGUUCCUGUCGGGGUACAGCAGCCAAACACUCCUUUGUCUCAGCAGAAUGCCCUUGUUCUUUUUGACAUGUUUACAGAUGGUAACACUCCAAAUUCUGUCAAUACUCAAUCUGCCAAUCUGGCUGGACAAAGCAAUCAUUUGGCUCAUCAAACCCAACAGCAGCAGAAUACUCAUUCUCCCCAAGGUGGAUUUUACUCAAACGGAAGUGCCCCAAAUGUUGGGUCGCCUCAGUAUGAACAGUCAGUGUACAUGCAAGGGGCUGGUUCAGCCUGGAAUGGCCAGAUUCCCCAGCAGCAGCAAUCUCCUUCGUCAGUCUAUGGUGCUCAAAGCAGUGGGUCAUUUCCACCACCACCUUGGGAAGCUCAGCCAGUGGACAAUGGUAGCCUUGUAGCAGCUGCUCAAUACCCUCAACCGGUGCAAGCUGGUCAGGUGGUUGUCACUCAUCCUCUGGGAUCACAACCAAUGAGGAAUGAUCAGGUGGUAGGUAUGUAUAUCCAGCCAAUUACAGGUGGCCAUUUGUCGGCAAUCAAUGGCCAGGUUGCUCAGAGCCAGCAGUUGGGUUUGCACUCUCAGCCGAUCCAGGGAGGGCCAUAUAUGGGAAUGGUUCCGCAGCCAAUGCAACCUGCCCAAAUGAUGCCUACGUAUCCUCAACAGAUGUAUGGUAACCAAUAUGCGGGCUAUGGCUAUGGCUAUGGUCAGCAACAAGGGAUGCAAUACGUAGAGCAGGGAAUGUAUGGUUUAUCUGUUAGUGACAACAAUGGCUCGAGAAACUCUUACCAGAUUCCUACUUCAUCUUAUGUCACACCUAGCAAACCUUCUAAGCCGGAGGAUAAGCUAUUUGGGGACCUGGUUAAUAUGGCAAAAGUGAAACCAACGAAACCCACUCCUGGAACAGCCGGUAGUAUGUGAAGUCAUGAAGAUUUCGUGAUUUUUUUUUUCAUCCUUCUUUUUUUUUUUUUUUUUUUUUUUUUUUUUUUUUUUUUUACGGUUUGCUAACUGGUUUCCUUGUCUUAUUAUUUUUUUUCCAUUUAAUUUUUCAAUAUAUAUAGUUUUUGCUUUUGACCCACAUUUGUGUUGUUUAUCUAGCAUUGGAAUCAUGUAUAUUCCUUGUAGAGAGAGAGAGAGAGAAAAAAAAGGGGAUACCUCCCUUUGGAUUAGGAUGGCAUAAACGAUAUUUGGACUUUAUUUCCUUCUAUUAGUUGGAAGCAUUCUUUCUUUUAGAUACCUC